AGUACAGUGGAUAUCAAUAGUCAUCAAUACAUACCCGGCACCGUAAUUUGAUAUCGAUGAAAACAAGCACCAUCAAGUCGCUUCAUUUGGGUUCGCAACAAUGGAAGAGGUCAACCAAUCAUGGGCACCGCCGAUCUGGGCACCCGACACAAUCAACUACAGAAAAUUUUUCAAUGCGUCCGUGUCGGGAGACAUGCAAGCGAUGCAGGAGGCUUUGGCUAGUGGAGAAAUCAACGUAAAUGCGUGCCCGAAGUGGGAAGACUGGGAAGGCGAAACGGCCCUACACCGAGCCGCUGAAUACGGUCAUCUCGAGCUUGUCCAAUUGCUUAUCUCUCAUGGCGCCGAAGUCGACCGAAGGGAUUACUCGCCACUGGGACCAAUAACAGCCCUGCAUAUUGCCGCUCACAAUGGGCAUGUUACCAUUGUCAAGGAGCUCCUACAGAACGGGGCCGACGUGACCACCCGGGGUCAGAUGGGAGGGCCUCUUUUGAAUUUCGUGCUGUGGUUGAAACGGAGCAUUUCUGAUAAGGAGUACGAGAUCAUCGACCUGGACCCUAUUUCCAUAAUCAAAUCUACCGGAUCUAACUGGCGCCAACAAAAGCUCCAUCAGGCGGCUGAGAUUGGGGAUCUCACGCUCAUCCGGUUUUUGGUAGACCGUGGAGCCGACUGCAACUACAUCGUCCCGACCGAAGAGGACUACACGGUGUUACGCAGUGCUGUCAAGAGUAAUCAAAUCGAUGCAUGCCGACUGCUUAUUGAGUUGGGGGCCCGGGUCACUCCGAGCGCAUUUGCCCAAGCCUCUUGUAUGAACAUGAUCAAGCUUCUACAUCCACACCUCAGCCAGUCAGAUAUAUCGACCAGUGGGGUUUUGAAUCAUGCCUCCAAGCCGGGCUUCGUGCGUGACCUGUUGGCAAGUCAGAUAGUCAAUGUGAAUGACCUGGAUCUGAGAGGCGAGUCAGCGCUUUUAGAAGUGUGCACUCUACCUAAAUCGACAGAGAUGCUUGAAGUCUUGAUAGAAUUCGGGGCUGAUCUUCACGUUUGCGGUUCUCGAGUAGUACCGUGCCUGAAAUUCAAGGGGGACACCCCAUUACAUCGGGCAGUAGCAUUUGCUUCUUCCACAGCCGUCACUCUCCUCAUUCAGGCCGGGGUAGAUCUAGAAGCCAGAAACGAACCAGGGCACACCCCGUUGGUUCGACUUGCCAUGUCUAGUAGGAAUAAACCUCGCAUUGAAAUCUUUGAGGUUCUUGUGAAGGGAGGAGUAGAUGUUAAUGCGGUGGACUUGGAACACAAUACAGCCCUCCAUCACUUGGCCAUGCGGAACAUGCAUACCAGAAGUCCGCAGGAAACCCUAACGGUCUUCCAAUUACUUGUGAAAGCAGGUGCAUUGACCAACUUGGUUAACUUGCAGGGCAAAACCUGCUUGGAAUUAUUCAGUUCAAGUGCAACUUUUCGCGAAUUCGUGAUGCGCUCUAUCCAUAGUACGAUCUAG